AUGCCUGCAACCACCGCAGACACCCUGUCCAUGGUGACACGUACUGUCUCCGUCGCCCCAUUAGUCCUCCUCUCAGUCGCAGACCACUACGGACGUUCAGCAAAGGGGACGAGAAGACGGGUAGUCGGAGUUCUUCUGGGCCAAAAUGAUGGAAGGAAUGUCAGAGUCUCGAACAGCUUUGCUGUGCCCUUCGAGGAAGACGACAAGGACCCUUCUGUCUGGUUUUUAGAUCACAAUUUCGUCGAGUCCAUGAAUGAUAUGUUUAAGAAGAUUAAUGCUCGUGAGAAGCUUAUCGGAUGGUAUCACUCUGGUCCCAAGCUCAGAGCAGCAGAUCUGGAGAUCAACGAGCUUUUCAAACGAUACACACCAAAUCCUUUGCUAGUUAUCAUUGACGUGCAACCAAAGGAAGUUGGAGUCCCCACGGAUGCCUACUUUGCUGUUGAGGAGAUUAAAGAUUCUCACUCGCUCAGAGAUAUCGGCCAAUAUUUACAAAAGGUGCUAGAUGGCGACCUACCUGUCAAGCAUGCUAUUCUCGGAAACCUUCAGGACGUUUUCAAUCUUCUCCCCAACCUUUCCACCCCCAAGACAAACAACUCACAAGUAAACGGAAUGGAACCAUCACAGAUAGAAAACACAGAACUUGCACGUGCCAUGAGCAUCAAGACCAACGACCAGCUUAUGGCUAUUUAUCUUAGUAGUCUGAUUAGAGCCAUCACUGCCUUCCACGACCUUAUCGAGAACAAGAUCCAAAACCGCCAACAGCAGGAAGAACAAGAAGCAAAGAAGGAAGAUGAGAAAAAUGGCACUACACUGAAUGGCAAUGGCAAUAAUAACAAUAAUUCUCAAAAUUUCAAGGCUCCGGCCAACAACAACGAUUCCAAGCAAGAGCAAGAGGACACGAAGGAGAAGGGGAAGAAGGGAUGA